AUUUUCUUUCCUUGCCACAGGUGGUGUAAAAUUAAACAAAGACUGGUUAAAUCUUUGAGAUAGUCCCUCUCAGCAUGCUCAGGUAAUGAUUGUAUUGUAAUAUAAUAGACAAAAGAGGGACAAUAGAAAUCUACUUGCAACAAAGGUUAUUUAAAUAGUAUAAAUGAGUGGACUGUAUCAAAGAAAACUCAGAUGUUACACAAGUUACAUGUAGAUUUUUUAAUUCCUGAAACUAGCUAGAAAGAUAUUACCGGUAUGGCAGAAAAUGAAAGAGCAAGGAGAGAGUUACAACAAAAGCAGCAUUAUUUUUUACAAAGUGAAUUACAAUCAUUGUCACGAGAUCUUCCAGGGAAAUUUCAGCAGAGACUUCCGUAUGAUUUGUUAUCUAGUUUAGCUAAUGCUUUACUUGAUGGUACUGUCUUUGAAAUUGUGCGUAGUUUACAAGAAGUACAACAUUUAGAGGAGAAACAUUUGUCUUCUCAGAGAAUGAAACUGAUAAAUGAUCACAAAGCACAAAGGCAUGAAUUACAGAAACGCCAUAAAGAACUUCUUCAAGCUUGCCAAACCAAACCUCACAAUCUUCCUAUAGUAGAGGUCACGAUUGAAAGAGAAAAAGAGACCAUGGAAAAAAGAUUGGAGGAUGAAGUCAAGAAAAGAGACAUGAAAAUUAUUAUGGACCUUGACCAAAAAGUUAUGGACCAACAAGUGAUGCUAGAGAGGGCUGGGGUACCUGGCUUCUUUGUUACAAACAAUAGACAAGACAUCCGCCUACAAAUGUACUUACUUGAGUUUAUGAAUAGACUAAGAUUUCUAGAUUUGCCAAGUUGAUGUUUAGAGUAUUUAGUUUUGUCAUUUUCAUAUUUUUUUUUUUCUACAUUGUAUUUAGUAACUAGAAUCUCAAUGGAAUUUAAAACUUUUUACAAAGUAGGUCACAUGACAUAAUUGACAUUAUUUAUUAUUGUUUUUUACUUUUAUAAACUUUCUACUUUGGCACCCAGUCAGAAUUAAAAGUGGCCACAUAUUACAAUGUAUUACCGGGGCUCGUGGGUCAAAAAAUAAAUCUUUUUUUUUUAAUAUAAGAUUUUGCUAUUUUUUUCUAUGAUUAAACUUUAUUUUAUACCUAAUAGAAAUAUAUAAAAAAAAAUAUGUGGUCCCCGUUCAUUUAAGAUCACAAUCUGCCUCUGAAAGAAGCAUACAUUUUUCUUAAUGUCCUUUUUUUUCUGUUGAACUAAUAGGAGAAGUAUUGGUAAUAUCGAAAUAAAAAAAGAACUAAAUUACAAAAAUCGCUUAAAUUUUACAAUUAUUUAGUUUAUGUUCUGCUUGUUUGAAAACAGUAAUCCAAAAUAUAGGUCAACGAUGAGUUUUAAAAGAUAUUUCAAUUUGAACAUAACAAAUGAUAUUUUUGCACCAAAGGGAGAUAAUUUAGAGCUUUUUCAAUGAUAUAACAUUUUUAAAGUCAUCUAUGGCCAAACUAAAUUGAUUUGUCUGGAUAAUUUUUGUACCAUGUUAUAAAGUAAUGACUAAUAGUGUAAUAAAUAAAAUUUGAAAUGAAAAAACAAAUGUUUAAUUUUUUGCUAAAUUUUUUAUACCCGCAAGCCUCCUUAAGUCGUGUUAUUUCAAGACAAAGUCUUACAUUCCUCCAAAUCAACAGACCUAUAUUUUGGUUAACCAUUUUUGUUGUCAAUAUCAGUAAAUUUUUUGAAAAAUUCCCUAAAAAAGUCAUUACCUUUGUCCUUUUGUCUCUGGUGGAGAGUUGUCUUAUUGGCAAUCAUACCACAUACUCUUAUUUUGAAAAUUAGAAAUAACCCUGAAUUGGAGUCAAGUUAUGACAAUGAUAAACUGGUAUCGCCACACCCACUAUAGAUAUACUUGUUGUUUUCCUCUAGGAUAGUUUAUGACUCCUGGACUGGUGAAAAUAUGUCUGCACUCAUCCAAUGUCCAAAGAUUCAUCAAGAUUGUAAAAUGUUUGAUUGAUUGAGCAUACUUAUCAUUAUUUAAAGCAAAGCAUGAUGUCAUUUCCUUGCUCUAUUUUUGCAUGGAGACUGAUAUGAAAAAUUAUAUACCGGUAGCAUCAAAUUUUUUUCCUCUCACUGUUGGACUCGCCAUCUUUAAAAAUAAAGAGUCCUUGUACUUGCCUUCAAAAACCCAGUAUAAUUUGUUUAAGAGUUUGUAAGAGAAAUGGUCAGAUAAACUGACAUGUUCAUGUAGUACACAUUUUCAAGAAAACAAUCAAACACCGUUGAUAUUGAUGUAUCAGUAUUUUUACAACAAAUCACUUAUUUGUUUAAGGUCCACAUGUAGUUUGAUUGGUUUCAAUACUUUGCUUCAUAAUUGUUCCAUUUUCAAAUAUUUAAAUUUCUGUUCAUCAUGUAUCCAUUUUCAUUUAUUUAAAUUUUCAGCAUGCCUCAAAAAUGUAAUCACUUUGACACUUUGAGUGGAAAAAUAUUGUGUUUUCACUUUAUAUAGUUGUGAUUAAUGUAUGCAUUAUUUAACUAAAAUUCAGUAUAGGUGUAAUACCACCAUUGAUUUUACCCUAUUAGUCUUUGUUAAAUUUGCACUUUUCAAAAAAUUGUGCAGAAUUUAUCUUUGUUUCAAAUAAAGAAAUACUUGGCA